AUGCAAGGUGCUAAUAUGGCUAAUGUAUAUACAUUACAAAAUAUUAAAGGCCAUCGACUUGGUAGUAUACGUGAAGAGCUGGAAAAAAAAAUACACGAUGCUAUCAAAUCCAAAGCUGAAAUUAAUAAUCUUAGUGAGAAAUUACAGGAUAAAUAUAUAAAGCGA